GAUAAACUAACAGAUAACAUUUUGUAUAAAACAGGAACAAAUGUUUCAUUAGUAUAGUCAGUCGAUAGACGGGCAAUAACAACUAGCACCAAUAUGAAAUACUUCAUCGCUAUCGCACUGAUCGCCGCCGUGGCGUCGGCGGGCGUGAUUAAGCCCGCUGGUCUCACAGAGGAGGUGCACCAGAUCCAGGAGAUCAUCAACGCCAUCAACAGCCCCAGCACCGACCCCGCCACCGCCGCCCUUCUGGAACAGAUGCUGCUCGAAGCUCUCGGCCAGCAGCCCAUUCAAGUCGGACCCGCCAUCGUCGAGCAGAACCCCUCUGACUUGAUCUCCGUCGGACCCGCUAUCGUUGAAGGCAUCAGCCCCAUCUCCGUUGGACCCGCGAUCAUCGACUUUCCCCUCCCCGACGGUGGAGCCAUCACCGAGUUGGAGCCUACUCCCGCAGUCGUCGCCCCCACCCCCGUCGUCGUUGGACCCACCCCCGCUGCUGAGGCUUCCCAGAGCUCUCCCCUCGUUCAGAUCAUCGUCAACGUGAACGCCGCCAACGCCGGCAGCAACCCCGUCGGAGUCAUCUCCCCCGAGGCCGUUGUUGAGCCCGAGGCCAUCGCUGAGCCCGAGAUCGCUCCUGAGCCUGUCUCCGUCGUGGAGCAGCCCAUCCUCAUCCCCACCCCCGUGGUGCUCCCCCAGCCCGUGGCGCCCGUCGUCGUCCCUGAGCCCGUGGUCGUUGUUGAGGAGCCUUCUCUGCCCGAGCCCGUGAUCGUUGUUGAACCCUCUCUGCCCGUGGCUCCCACCCCCAUCGGCGUCGGCGAGCCCGUCCUCCCCAUCGGCGUGCAGCCCGUCGUCCUCCCUGAGACCCUCAACUAAAUUGUUGUAGAGUUUCUGUAGUAUAUUGUAUCUAUAAAAUGUAACUUUACAUGAGGUGCAAUAUAUUUUAUUUUUCAUAAA